AUGGUGUUUCCGGACGAUGUCUUUCGCGAGAUUCUGUCGUACCUAUGGCCGGUCGAUGUUAGUCGAUUCGCGAGGACGUCCAAGCGCAGUCUGCGCAUUGCAGACAUGGUGCUCUAUAGACGGAACCAUAUAGCAAGCGUGAAUCAUCUGGCGUCGUUUUGCCAGGCACUGACAAGCCGGGCAUCGGCGGCACACGCACUGAACAUGGUGUCGAUCGACAUCCGAGAACACACGCGGUUUCCUAUACCUGCGAUCGCGGCCGCACUCCUUGCUUCUCCGAACCUCACACACCUGGCCGUAUCGCUCGUUCCCCCACGCGAUCCAAAAUACUACAUCGAUCCCACUCCCUUGCUCUACGCCUCCAGCCCCACCCUGCGUGAACUCGCAUUGACGACCCAUGUGCCAACCGCUGCCCUCACCGAAUUUCUCAUCUCCCAUCCGAACCUUGUCAGCCUGUCCCUCCCCAACCAGAGCCCGGAAUCCAUGGUCGAACUCGGUGCGGAGUGUGUACCGCGCUUGACGAGUAUCACAGCCCCGCCGGCCCUUGUCGCUUGCCUCGUCCCCGAACGUCCGGUCGUGCAUGCAGUCAUCUCUCGUCCGGUCCCUCGCGAAUUCAUGGCCGAUGUCAUCGAGAGUCUAGCCGCGUCCAAGGGGCCCCUGCUGAGUCUGGGAUUAGAGACCGAACAGGUCUCGUUGGGGGUCAUGCAAGAGAUAACAGUUCGCCUUCGGGAUUUAAGGAGUCUUUGGGUCAAGGGACGGUUCAUGUUUAGGUAUUCAUUGACUUAUGCAGGCCUAUUGCUCGACAUGGCUCCCCUUCUUGGACGUAGCCCGCAACUCACAUCGGUUUCGUUGAUCGGUUGGCCGGCGAUCCGUGCCUUGCCAAAAAGUCCGCAGUCACACCUCUCCGUUUCCCCCUCUACUCCAUCGGCGAGCUUUACUCCUUCGCCAUCGCCACCCCCCGCUGUGGACCAUACCAUCUUGGAAGACGAGCUCCAGGUGACAAGGACGUUCCAUACGUGCGCAAGGCAACUCAGAGAGGUUGUCUUUCCCAGCGGAUGCAGGUGGGUCGCGAAACAAGACGAUGACGAAGCAACAUGGGAACCGGCUCGAGAGUGCCAUGGUGCGCGUGUAUGGUGGGUCGACCGCGAACUCGAGCUCGAGCUCGCCGCGGCUCAACAGGAAGCCCAUCGGAUCGAGCAACUUGAAAGUAUGCGUUCGUCCAGACGACGCAGUCGUCCGAGCGGCCGAUUCUCUAAACCCAAUUCGUCGGACGACGAUGAUGAGCAACUUGAUUAUGCUCGUAUUGAGCUCGAGGAUGAUGCGGAUGCGGAAGGUGAUGUGGAUGAACUGUUUGAGAGUGAACAGGGUGGCGGGAUGUUUAUUAUUUCAUAG